AUGUUGCAGUCAGCCUCGCAGCCCUCUGACAUCUACGUCGCAGCUUUGAGCGAGCUGCAGAGUCUCGAGUCCCAGCCACUGUGCCACCGAGUCGCCGCACGUCUUCUCGUCGGAAACUGCCAGCUGCUGGACGGAAAGGACGAAGCCACUAUCCUCACCGACAGCGGACGCCAGAUCAGAGACUUCGUCGACGCCUACGCGGCUAGCAUGGCAAUCUGCGAUCUGGAGCGAGGCCGAUUCAACAUCCCUGAUACAUGCGUCAAAUUCCGCGAGCCCACGUUGCUGCACCUGCCUCUCGGUGAAAAAGCCAGCCUUCAUGUCACAAGUGCCGAUAUAGACUCCUGUCUCGAGGGCUUGGGUCUGGAGAACUCGGCAUGGUCUACUUGGGUCAGCUACCGACACAAGGCGUUGAUGUUUUGCGAGGCCGCGCGAGCAGAUCAAGAGAAGACUCAGAAUAUCGUGCUUUUCCAAAAGCUCACCAGAAUCAUAGCCAAGUUUUCCUACGGCGUGGAGGUCGAACUUCAGAAGCAUAUGGACGACCUCGAACUUCGAAUUCGGAAAGCUAAUGAGGGCGUCCAGGGCCUAAAUCCCGAGCUCGAUCGUCUACGAGACAAGCUGGCCAAGAUGGAGGACUACGUCACGCACGACUUGGACCCCUCAGUGAGGAAGUCAGGUGAACUUGUCAAUAACGGACUUCAGGACUCUGCGAAUCUCCAGCAGUUGAUCACUGUUAUGAUUCGGACGCUCCUUGACGGCAACUCGCAUGUAGCUGCUGCGCAAGAGAAAUCUAUCGAACUUGCUGAGAAAAACAACAACAACACCAAUGCUUGGAUAGCGAUUAUGGCAACUGCCGCCGUCACUGCUGCGAACUUGAACGCUCAAAUAGAGCUGUCUCGCUUCGAAGUAGGCGCACUUCACUCGCAACAGCAAGCACUUUCAUCGAACCUGGAUACAUUGAUCACAAUCACUGAAAGGCUCUCUGUGAAAUACAACGAUCAUCUCGACACCAUAGACGAAGCAAAGAACAUGACAAACGAGAUUCUCGAGACCCUUGAGGGGGUGGCUGGAACUGCAGCAACAAUUGAGAAAGCAAGCAAAUUUCAGUGGUGGGGUGGUUUGGAUUUCAGCAUCUGGGUCCCUUGCACCGUCAGCCCUGUGGCAACAUUGUUGUUUGGCUCCUAUGGACUCGAACCUUCAGUGAUGCGUAACCUAGCUCUCGCCUCAUUGGGAGAGAUCAUCGGCAUCUCCAUAUCGUCACUCUACCACUUUACAGUGUCAUGGGUGGCGCUGCCUUUCGGCGACUUAGUUACCAAUGCCACGGUUGACACCCUCUGA